AUGGCCCCUACCAGAAGUGAAACGGUCAACAGAAAUGCGGUGCCUCGAGAUCUCAAUGGCCAUUACGGCUCUCUAGACGAGCAUCAGCAGGAAGCUCUACACGGCUUCAGAAGCCUUGUAGUACAGCGAGGUUACGCGGACUUUCAGACGGCAACACCCUUGCAAGACAUAAAGCUGCUCCGCUUUCUUCGCGCCCGUAGAUGGGAUGCUGAGGCGGCUUACACGCAGUUCAACGACACAGAGACUUGGCGCCAGGUCAACCAAAUCAACACCGUGUACGAGACCAUUGACAUUGAAGCCUACAAGCAGCUGCGUAAUCUUUACCCACAGUGGACGGGCCGACGAGAUCGCCUCGGCGCGCCUUUGUAUGUCUAUGCCCCUCAGACACUGAAUGGCCAAGUGGUGGCAGUGAGCGAAGAGGUCACUGCGAGACCCGACUUUUCCCUGGCGAAAAAGGACGAGGAGACGUCGACAGGCCUCGUUUGCUUCGCGGCCUUGCUCGACAACCUGCUUCGCUUCACCCAGCCGCUCGCAACCCAGCUGCCGGACCGCAAGCACCCCGAAGUGCCCGUCACGCUGAGCACGUACAUUAUCGACUUCUCCGGCAUCAGCAUCUUGCAGUUCUGGAGCCUCAAGAGCCACAUACGCACGCUGGCCUGCCUCGUGUCGGCGUACUACCCCGAGACGCUCGGCAGCAUCUUCAUCGUGGGCGCGCCGUCUUUUUUCGGCACGGUGUUUAGCUGGAUAAAGGGCUGGCUGGACCCCGUCACGGUCUCCAAGAUUCGCAUCGUCGGCCCUAGCGAGGCGAAAUCUGCGUUGGAGGAGGCGAUUGACAAGUGCAACAUCCCCAAGGCGUACGGUGGAGACCUUGACUAUGCGUUUGGCAAGGCUCCUGUUCUUGACCCUGUCUUGAAGGAUAUUGUUGAUUGGGACGGUGGAUAUUCAUCUUUCCCUCUGGCUCCGCUUGUGUGGGAGCCGGUCGAAGGCAGCCCGGAUCGUGUAGCGUGCCUCAAGGUCGGUCGUCAGGACGGUCAGCUUAGCCUGGCAAGCGGAUUCUCUGUGCCAGAUUUCUUCAGCCUCCUCCUCAGCCGCUUCAAACACGAGAUUUGCUUUUCUCCUCUUGUCCCUUACCGCUUCUCUAAACGAGCGAGCACUGUGACGCAGUACCACUCUACUGCGAAGAUGAAAUGUCUACAGAAAGCGCAGACCAGAACACUGGCUCGCCGUUUUCCACACGUGUAUUGA